CCUGCGCACUGCAACCACGCACGUGUCCCAGCCGGAAGCGCCUGCUGUGGCUGGAGUUUCCUGAGGAUGGCCACCGAAAUGGAGUCGCGGGACGCCGGGGCUGAGGAUGGUUUCACCCAGGUCACUCGCAAAGGUGGCCGGCGAGCGAAGAAGCGGCAGGCUGAAGAGCUGUCUGCGGCCGGGGACGGCGGGGACGGGAGUCGCAUGGACACGGAGGAGGCGCGGCCCGCCAAGAGGCCGGUCUUUCCGCCCCUCUCCGGGGACGGGAUCCUGGACGGGAAAGAAGAAACAAGGAAAAUUCCAGUCCCAGCUAACAGAUACACACCAUUAAAAGAGAACUGGUUGAAAAUAUUUACACCUAUCGUAGAACAUUUGGGACUUCAGAUACGCUUUAACUUGAAAUCGAGGAAUGUAGAAAUCAGGACUUGUAAAGAAACCAAGGAUGUUAGCGCACUGACAAAAGCAGCUGAUUUUGUGAAAGCCUUUAUUCUCGGGUUUCAGGUGGAGGAUGCACUUGCCCUAAUUAGGCUGGAUGACCUCUUCUUAGAGUCUUUUGAAAUUACAGAUGUGAAGCCCCUAAAGGGAGACCACCUGUCAAGGGCAAUAGGAAGAAUCGCUGGCAAAGGAGGAAAAACCAAGUUCACCAUAGAGAAUGUGACACGGACGCGGAUAGUUCUAGCUGAUGUGAAAGUUCACAUCCUUGGCUCUUUCCAAAACAUCAAGAUGGCAAGAACUGCCAUUUGCAACCUCAUUCUGGGAAAUCCUCCAUCAAAGGUUUAUGGCAAUAUUCGGGCUGUGGCUAGCAGAGCAGCAGAUCGAUUUUGAUUUCAAAUCAGAGACUUUUGUCUUUGGACGCUAUAGAAAAAGACCUUACCCUUCCAAAGUGGUCACAAGCCAUGUGAAGGAUUUUUCAGUCACUUCAAGUCUCCACUGGAAGAAUAAAGAGAAAGUUUAACGGUGUUCGUUCAUCAACUUUUGAGUGUAACUUACCAAACUUUAGUACCACGGUUAUACUUAAACAAUUAUAACUUAUCUUUUUUAUUUUAAAUUAAAUGUACUCAAUUUGCAUAGUUUGAUUCUCUCAUUUGGAGGGAAAAUUCUUAUUUUUCUAUAUGAAUUUAUGAAGAUUUCUCCUGUGAGUUGUAAUUCAAGAAUUCUCUCAGAAAACCUCUCUGAAUCAUGACCCCAAGUACCGGUGGAGUGCUACUUACUUUACAGUCAGGUCAUUCGGAAGCAGCGGUUCGGCUGCACUGAAUGAACCAAAAAGGCUAAUCUUUGUACCUGUUUGUGACUUGUAAAAUUAAAGACCUGUAUAACUAGGUUGACAUGAGGAAAGAAUGUUAUUUUUUCAUGUAAGUAUGUAUGUUGGGUUUCUUCUAAGUAGUAAGAUAUAAAAGAAUGAUCUUACUCCUAAGAAAAUGUUCUUCAAAUAUAAUAGAAUGUUUUAACUAGUGUCUGCCUAUUUAAAUAGCUGAUUUCAGUUUAUGCAUUUUUUAAAUGAACUCACUUCAUUAAAUUUGAGUGAUACAUGUGCUUGUACAUCUCUAAUACCUGACCAAAACUUUCUAGCUUUGAAGAUGGGAGUAUUUGAAAGUUCAUGUAAGAACUAGAGAAAGUAUGCUUAUUAAACUUGUUUCCCUUACAUCA